UCUCUGCAGCUCUGAUUAAACCCUCCACAGCCUGUGGUCAGAAUAUCCACAGGUGGAGCUCCUCUCUAACACCUGCUGACAGGUGAGGACGAUUCAGGUCCUGACAGACGGUCUGCAGACCUGGUCUUUGUGUGGUGGUCAGCCUGAGGGCGGCGGCGCUCAGCAGCUGGUCUCUCUGCAGACACAGAUACUCUACAGCUCAGGUUCCUCUCCAUUAUUCAUCAUGUAAGAAGAUCUGAGCUCUGUUCACUGCACAACAACACCUGUGUGCUCAGGUUCCUCCGACAGGAGCACACCACCACCAUCAUCAGUAUGUAGUGAUGAUGAAGAUCAGCAGAUACUCACCUGUGAGGAGCAGCCAGGUGAAACCAUGAAUCAGCUGUUAACUCGCCUGCAGAGAGGACCAGGUCUUUACUCCACAUCAGACCAGACCAGGUUUAAUGUCUGUAAAUAAAGACCAUCAGGAGGCUUUUAUUGUGAAGCAGCUACAGGAAACUGUGACUUACUGAGUGAGUGUGUGGUUCAGGAUCUGUGUAGACCAGGACCAGGACCAAGACUCUGUGAUGUGGUGUGUCUGCUGAAUGAGGCUCAGCCUGUUUGUCUGCAUCUGGUUUUCAUUGAGCUCCACAGCACAGGAAUUCACCCCCGCCUGCUGCCUGCUGGGGGGUGGGGUGGGGGGUUAGUCUAAUGAGGGCGGGUCAGACUGAAGCUGGUGUGGGACCUGUCAGGAUUUAGUUUCAGUUCAGGAUCACCUCCUCCACGUCGUCCUGUCUCCCCCUGUACACUGGGACUCUGUGCUGCCCUCUGGUGGCUGCAACAGGAGCACACCUGUUGGUGAAGCUCUCACAGGUUCUUGGACCGUGGUUCUGUCCAGCGACCCCGUCCAGGUCUCCUCCAGUGCAGAUCAGAACCAGUGACAGCAGACCACUGCAGCUCUUCUCUGUCACACCCGAGGACCGGGACACACCCACUGAUGAUGUCACAGUCACACCUGAUGUUCUCUGACUCUGCAGGAUCAGAACCAGUUCUGGUCCAGAUGAUCUGAAUGGUUCAGAUUUUAGUUCAGUCUGGACAGAAUCGAGUCUUCAGACAUCUCAGAUCCUGAAACAUAUUUCACCACUGAACAGCUCUUAAAGCUUCUGCUGCGUUCAAGUUCUUCUCUGAAGUCGGAAUUUCAGAGUUCCCAGUCUGAAGUUUGAACUGAAGUCGGAUUUCCAGCUCAGAAAGUGAAGUUAGUUUCAAAGAUCUCCCCUGCUCCUCUGAGCUUCAGGUGCAGCAGAUCAAACACAGUAAUUCCUGUGAGCGUCCAUGUUUCUCUGACUCAGAGGAGACGUCAAAUCAGUUCAGAAACGAAACAUUAGGAACAAAUCUGCGCCUCAUGACUUUAAAACCUGAAAGAUAAAUGAUGGAGUUUUGUGGAUCUGAGCAGGUAGACAGGUUGUGUCUGAGGUCGACCUGCUGAUGACGUGUAUCUCAUCUCUCAAUCUGAUAGUCUUAGACUGAGACCAGGACUCUGUCAGACUCAGAGAGGAUCUGACGAGCUUUUCUCCAGCGUCUCCAACGGCCCGUAUAUCAUGAGCACCACAGCCAAUGGCAACGACAGUAAGAAGUUCAAGGGUGACAUAAGAGGUCCCGGGGUGCCGUCCAGGGUCAUCCACAUCCGUAAGCUUCCCAACGACAUCACAGAGACCGAGGUGAUCAGCCUGGGUCUGCCCUUCGGAGACGUCACCAACCUGCUGAUGCUCAAAGCCAAAAACCAGGCCUUCUUAGAGAUGAGCUCAGAGGAAGCAGCUCAGAACAUGGUGGGUUAUUACUCCACGGUGAUGCCCGUCAUCAGACACCACCCGGUCUACGUCCAGUUCUCCAACCACAAGGAGCUGAAGACGGACAACUCCCCGAACCAGGAGAGGGCUCAGGCGGCUCUCAGGGCUCUCAGUACGUCUCACGUGGACCCGGCGGUGGCUGCUCCCAGCGCGGUGCUGAGGGUGGUGGUGGAGAACCUGGUCUACCCUGUCACCCUGGACGCCCUCUGCCAGAUCUUCUCUAAGUUCGGCACCGUGUUGAGGAUCAUCGUCUUCACCAAGAACAGUCAGUUCCAGGCUCUGCUGCAGUACGCUGACGGAGCGUCCGCCCAGGCAGCUAAACUGUCUCUGGACGGACAGAACAUCUAUAACGGCUGCUGCACUCUGAGGAUCAGCUUCUCCAAACUCACCAGCCUCAACGUCAAAUACAACAACGAGAAGAGCCGAGACUUCACCAGACCAGACCUGCCCACCGGAGACAGCCAGCCCACCAUGGAGCACCCAGCCAUGGCCACGGCCUUCACUCCAGGUAUCAUCUCAGCUGCACCGUACGCUGGAGCCACUCACGCUUUCCCACCGGCCUUCACCAUCCAGCCCGCAGUCUCCUCCCCCUAUCCAGGCCUGACGGUCCCCGCUCUGCCCGGAGCCCUGGCCUCUCUGUCCCUCCCCGGGGCCACCAGGCUGGGAUUCCCCUCCAUGUCUGCUGGACACUGUGUCCUGCUGGUCAGCAACCUGAACCCAGAGAGAGUUACGCCCCACUGCCUCUUUAUUCUCUUCGGUGUUUAUGGAGACGUGAUGAGAGUGAAGAUUCUGUUCAACAAGAAGGAAAACGCUCUGGUUCAGAUGUCUGACAGCACACAGGCUCAGCUAGCCAUGAGUCACCUGAAUGGUCAGCGGCUGCACGGGAAGCCUCUGCGCAUCACGCUGUCCAAACACACCAAUGUCCAGCUUCCCCGUGAAGGCCACGAGGACCAGGGCCUGACCAAAGACUACAGCAACUCCCCUCUGCACCGUUUCAAGAAGCCCGGCUCCAAAAACUACUCCAACAUCUUCCCACCUUCAGCCACCCUGCACCUCUCCAACAUCCCCCCCUCUGUGGUAGAAGACGACCUCAAGAUGCUAUUUUCCAGCUCAGGAGCCAUGGUCAAGGCCUUCAAGUUCUUCCAGAAGGACCAUAAGAUGGCUCUGAUCCAGAUGGGCUCAGUGGAGGAGGCCAUCGAGUCCCUGAUCGAGUUCCACAAUCAUGACCUGGGAGAGAACCACCACCUGCGGGUCUCCUUUUCCAAGUCCUCCAUCUGAGCCUGGGACUCGACCGUCUGGAUGCCUGGUCACUCCUCUGGGAGCAGACUCGACGGUGUCCACUACACUCCGAUCAUUCCAACACACGUCUGCAGAAACCACCGUGAACUCUGGUGUGAUGUUGUUAAAUUAUUUUUGUAAAGCUCAUUGCCUUCAGAGAGGAUUAGGGUCUGUGGAGAAAACGCUGAGAUGACCCUCUGAAGAAGUCAGGGUUCUGAGUUUACGGUCAAGAUUUUAAGGAUCAAACAGAAGUCAGCGUGUUUCUCGCCUUCUUGUUGUGAAGUUGUUACCUGCAGCCACUCUUGCCUUUUGACUUUAAUCUCAGAGUUCAGGUGUUAAAGUCUGCGUUUUAAUUUAUUUCUCCAGAAUUUGAACUUCGGUCCUUUUGAAUUCAGACUUCCUUAACUCAGAAUUCUUUCUUUAAUCUCAGAUUUGUUUCCUUUGGCCCUAAACCUCUCCUGUAGUUUCCCCCUCUGAAGUAACUCUUCAGUCUUUAAAACGUCAGCUCUGACAACAUGAAUUAACCCUCAGGCUGUCAGAUCUUAGACUAGGUCUGGCUCAGACCGGCCUGGUUUGGCCUUCAGAUGAUCCCUGUGCCUUAUUCCUGGAGUCAGAAUGACCUCCACUUUGACUUGGAAAAAAAUAUCUCCCAUCAUGCCUCUGUAACUUAGCAAAGAGCAGGUUUACAGUUGAUAAAGGUUUACUGUUGAUGAGAUGUAUUACAGAUAUAUCCAUAUUUUUAGUGUAUUUUAUUGGUGUUUCCUUCAUGUCAGUGUUUUGUACUGCUGGUUACUGUAGCAUUGAACAUGUGAACUCAUUCUGUUUUAGUGGUUUGCUGGGUCUUUAGUCCUAGAUUCAAUUCUCUCUAUUUUUGUUUCUAUUCCUCUUUGAUUUCUUUAUUUCCAUGUAUGCAAUCACGUUUUAUUCAAAUCAAAUAUUGUAGCAAUAUUUUAAUCAUUCCUGAGCUUUUAUCGGUCGGGUUCUUUUUCAGUGUCUGUGCGAGCCGGCGGUUCCUCUCGCUGCUCUGCUGCCUUCACGAUGUGCGGACGAAUGUUUUUGUUUGUCGUGUUCUGUGGGAUUCGUUGUGAGUUGCGAUGUUAGCUUGUCUCGUCUGUCGCAUUGCCUCUCUGAACGGUUUUAUUUAUAAGUUUGUGAUCCACUACAGCUGAAACCAAAAACGGCCUUCUACAUGCAAACAAAUCUGCCUGCCUCAGGUCUCUGGUUUUAAGGACUAAAGAAGAUGGUGAAGUGGUUCAGACUCUCUCUUGGUGUUUUCCUGUGGGAAUGUUUUUAUUCGUUUCUCGACCGCUUCACUGGAUUCAGCCAACCGGUGCGACUUCAGUCUCUAUCGCAAAACCAGUUGUUCUGUGGAGUGCCUUCACUGCAGCGCUGAGUCCUACAUCAGGCAUUAACUCUUUACUCUGAGUUGACAGUUUGACGGAAAGAUGCUCGGUGGCCGUCAGACAUGUACUGAAACCAAGACAGCGUCGCGCUGAACUCAGACGGCGUCGUACUGAACUCAGACGGCGUCGUACUGAACUCAGGCGGCGUCGUACUGAACUCAGGCGGCGUCGCGCUGAAACCAGACGGCGUCCCGCUGAACUCAGACGGCGUCCCGCUGAACUCAGAUGGCGUCGUACUGAAACCAGACGGUGUCGCGCUGAACUCAGACGGCGUCGCGCUGAACCAGACGGCGUCGCGCUGAAACCAGACGGCGUGCGCUGAAACCAGACGGCACCGGUUCAGUUUAUCUGUGUCUUAAUAUUAUUACGUCGACAUUCCAGCCACUCGUCCACCUGCUCUUCAUCAUGACGAAGCUCCUUCACUGUCUGAACGUUUCCUCUAAUUGAGCUGCUGAGGGCUUCACAGUCGUGGUGUGUUCAAGACCUCUGGGAGAUUUGAAACUAGUUACUGAGUUUACUGAGUAAACAGCUGCUGCAUCACACUUCAGUCUCCUCCUCCUUCAUGUCCAGACCAGAUCCUGUCUCAGUCUGACUCAGCUGAUUUCCCGAGUGUCCCACAAUGCACUGCACAUCAGGUCCCUCCUCCCACUCUGUUUCUGGUCAGAGAGUCGAGGCUCCAGAUCUCACGGGGUGUUUAAGACCAGAUUCUCCCUCAGUAUGUAAAGAUAAACCAGCCAAUCAGAACGCGCACACACAGGCUGUAUCUACACUAAACUCCACCUCCAUGACCCCCCCUCUCUGUGUCUCUGUCGUGACCUUUGACCUCUCCACAUACAGGAUGCAAGAACCUCUAAUAUGAUUGGUCAGAUCCUGGAGUGAACUCUGAGACUGAGGCUCCUCACACUGUGGGAGGAGACGUGAAGUGAGCAGGCGUCUUCAUCAGAUGAAGAGUGUCCAAUCAGGUGAAGUCCAGGUGUUGAUCACUACACGGAGGCCGUGAGACGUUUCCUGUUCACAUCAACUUGAAUCCUCAACAGUUACUGACAUUUAAAUACUGAAACUACUCCCUCUCCCAGGUGACCUGAACGCACCACGAGCCCUCAGUGUCAGGUGAGACAGGUGAGACAGGUGAGGCAGGAAUGGGACCAGUCAGUAAGAGGUCAGGGGUCGGUGUGGGGGGUGGGGGGUAGUUAAAGUGUACAUACAUGUUUUCUACAGUUUGGUGUCUGAGAGGUGAUUGUUGGUUUUAUAUCUGAUGAAACGUGUAUAUUUUGAUUAAAGUGUGCGACGGUUCUGAGCCUUAAACUGUUUGUGUCACAAAGAAAAAAACAGAUUAAAUCACUUUUUAUCUAAA